GUUUCGUGAGUCCGGAAUGGGUGACAGCGUCAUCACGGUAUUUUAUUGAUCAUGGACUCUUAUGAUAGAUCAGAAUCGACUCCUGAACAAAGUGCAUCCUCAAGGCUUAAGAAUUACCUUACAGGAGCCACCCCUCUUCAGAAACGACUGGAAUCAGUCAAGAAGCAGACUUCAUUUGUCCUGACUCCACCGCAAAGGAAAAUUCUCCAGUGUUCACAAUUGCAGGAAGAUGUUGAUCCUCAAAAGGUUGCAUUUCUUCUGCAUAAACAAUGGACUUUAUAUAGUUUAACUCCCCUACAUAAAUUCUCCUACACUAAUCUCAAAGAGUAUUCUAGACUUCUGAGUGCAUUUAUUGCUGCUGAAAAGCAAAAAGGACUUGCUGUGGAAGUGGGAGAAGACUUCAACAUCAGAGUGAUUUUCUCUACCCUCCUAGGAAUGAAAGGAACACAAAGGGACCCUGAAGCAUUUCUUGUCCAGAUUCUGUCAAAAUCUCAGUCAUCUGAGAACAGAGAAGGCAAAGUGUUGUGGACUGGUUGGUUCUGCUGUAUAUUUGGAGACAGUCUUCUGGAGACUGUUUCAGAAGAUUUCACCUGUCUACCUUUAUUCCUUGCAAAUGGAGCAGAGUCUAAUACAGCCAUAGUUGGAACUUGGUUUCAGAAAACCUUUGACUGUUAUUUCAGUCCUUUAGUGAUCAGUGCGUUUAAUCUUUCCUGGAUGGCUGCUAUGUGGACUGCAUGCAAAAUGGACCAUUAUGUGGCUACUACUGAAUUUCUUUGGUCUGUACCUUGCAGCCCUCAAAGUCUGGACAUUUCUUAUGCAAUACAUCCAGAGGAUGCAAAAGCUUUGUGGGACAGUGUCCACAAAACACCUGGGGAGGUUACCCAGGAGGAGGUUGACUUGUUCAUGGACUGCCUUUAUUCACAUUUCCAUAGGCAUUUCAAAAUUCAUUUAUCAGCCACAAGAUUGGUUCGUGUUUCAACGUCUGUAGCUUCAGCACAUACCGAUGGAAAAAUAAAGAUUCUGUGUCAUAAAUACCUUACUGGAGUGUUGGCAUACUUGACAGAACUGGCCAUUUUUCAAAUUGAGUGAGGCCUCGUGUGGACUACAGGUUGUGGAUUAUAUACUCUUUUCUCAUUGAUUGUCUAAUUGCUAUGCUCAGAGGGAAGCAGGAGAAUGGGCAUCUAUCUUUCCUCAUAGUGCCUUUGGAGUUGCACAGAUGGAAGCCAAGAAGGAUCAAAAGAAACAAAGAAUGUGGUAGUGGAUGAAUCACAGCCAGUUGCUUGUGUACUAGUAUGAUGAUCUGGGAUGCUAGUCUAGAA